AACUAUUAAAUAUUUUUGUGUUACGAAUGGAAAAAACCGAAGAAAAAGUAUCUGUUCCUGAAUCAUUAAAGUCUUCUUCAGAAAUAUUGACAGAGCUCUUUAGCACAUUUGAUGCUGAACCCCCUCUGAUAAUUAAAAAGGAAGAAUAUGCAAAAAAGCCGAAGAAAAACAAAAAGAAACAUAAACAUAAGGAUAAGAAACAUAAAAGAAAGUCUAGAAAAAGAAAGAGAAGUCAUAGUGAUAGCAGUUGUAGUAUUGAGAAAGAUAUACAGUUAAAUAUAACAAAAGUUGUGUUGAAGCAAGAAAGGGAGACUCCAGAAAAGAAAAUAAAACUUGAAUUAAGCAGUGAUGGGGACAACAACAAUCUUAAUCUUAUAAAACAAGAAAAUAAUGAAGGUGCCAGUGGGAAUUGUACAAUGGAUAACAAGGAGUUAAUUAAUGUUAUCAAAACUGAAAGCAAAGAUCAGGAUGAAGAGGGCAAAACAGAAAAUUCUGUCACCAUAGAGGAAUCUGAAAUAUCCCAACCUGAUAGCAAGAUAAAAAUACAAAAUUUAAAGUUUAGUUCAAUAUUUAAACAAACAAUACUAGAAAUACAAGAAAAACAGAAAACAGAUCCUUUGCAUUCUGAUGUUAAUUUGGAAUUAACUGAUAUUUCAGACUUAAGUGAAGAAGAAAUCAGAAGAUCUAAAAAACAUAAGCAUAAAACGAAGCACAGUCACAAAUCCACCUCAGGGCACAAAAAAGAUAGGCAUAAAAGUGAAAAUAAGGAGAAACAUAGGCACAGAUCUGAUUCAGAGAGUCGGAACAGUCAUCAUAGUCAAGAGAGGUCUUGUGAUAGAAAAGAAGAAAAGGGCAGAACAGAAAAAGAUAGAAAACACUGUGAAAAAGAUGACUUUUGUGACAAACAGGAGAGAAAAAUUUACAAGGAAAACUAUAAGGAAGACUGUAAGGACAAAUACAGUGAGAAAGACAGUGGCAGAGGGAAGUAUAGCAGUAAUGAUCUUAAAUAUAAAAAAGAUGAUAGAAAAAGUUAUAAAGAGGACGACAGUUGGAGAAGGAGUUACAGAGAAGAUUAUUCAAGGAAAGAAGACAAAGAAGAUGACAAAAAGUUUUAUAAAGAUAGGUAUAGGGGGCAUGAUGAUCUUGACAAAAAUAGGGAUUACAAGCAAAAGGUCCAUUCAAAGUCUCAAGAACGUGAUUACAUCGAUAAAAAGAAACUUUUGGAAAUUGCUCGUAAAAAUGCGAUACAAAUGAUGCGUUCUGGGAGCCUUCCCGCUGCCCUAACAUUGGGUCCACAGGCUCAGGAGAAAGUUUUGGCUGCUAUUCGUGCCGGGGGCAAGACCGUCGAAGAACUUACAGAAUUUUGCAAGACACUUUCAAAAAAGGAAGAACUGGGUGAACUGUCUAGUGUCUCUGAAGAUGAUAAUGACAGUGAUACAGAUAGACCUUUUCAUCAUCCUUUUCAAAUAAAAGACAGGCCAACAUCAAUUAUCAUGAAUAUAAAGAAUUCAGUUCCUUUGCCUACAAAAACUUCCCAAGAACGUUCAACAGAAUUGCGUAUGCAAUUUCCAGUCAGUAGUGGACAGCAACACAGAAAAACAGAAAACGAAUGGGUUCCUGUUUCUCCUAAGAAAACUGAAGCGCCAAUCCCUACUAUUGCUCCAAAAACAGUUACAACAACUCCAUCUGUUGUAGAAGAAAUAUCAACGCCCCCAGUAGUUCAACCAUUAGCUAUUGCGGCGCCAGGACCUCAAGUCUUUCCCCCUCCUGCUGAGACUCCUGUUGAUAUUGGAAUGAUAGUAUCUCAAAGAUUAUCUGCCAUGAGAAAGCUGCAAGAGAAUCCCAACGAUGUACAAGCUAUAAGUGAGAUGUACAGAGCUCAGAGAGAGAUGCAAUCAUGGGCACAAAGCAAACGGCAGCCUGGACAAUUUACGGGCUCAACAGGAGCUCAAAUAUUGUCGCAGGCAGAAUUGUGUUCGGGUUACCAGGCAUGGGCCAAAAAGGAUCAGUUACAAAAUGCUGCUCCUGUAUCUGGUGGUAUGGGAAUGCAUCUUCUACAGAAAAUGGGUUGGCGACCAGGAGAAGGUUUAGGGAAAGAGAAAACUGGCACUUUGGAGCCCCUAUUACUUGAAGUUAAACUAAAUAAAAAAGGCCUUGUUACUACUGAAGAACAGAGAAAAAAACAGCCUGUUAAAGGGAAUCCUAGUCCGAAACUAUCUAUUAAAAGUCUGGAAAGUAAGCAUCCAGUGUCUCUACUUGGAGAAUACGCUGCAAAGAAAAAAUUAGGGCCCCCGAUUUACGAACUUUGCGAUGAAAAUGGACCGGAUCAUAAAAAGACGUUUAUGUUUAAGGUAAUUUUGAAUGGCAUUGAGUAUAAACCAAAAACUCCAAAUUUUAAUAAAAAACAUGCGAAAAAGGACGCUGCCCAAACAUGUUUGCAAAUGUUGGGGCUACUACCGCCCUCUUAAAUGCGAAUUUUUUUUAUUGUUAAUGAUGUAGCUUGUUAUACAUUAACUGUAAUUAAAUAAAUAUUGUAAAAUGUUUCGAAAAGCAGU